ACUCAAAAUGUAAUACAUAUCAUUUUGUUUUAAUCAUCAAAAUGUGAAAUCUGUUUUAAACUCCCACGUUCUUAAAACUUUUAUUUUGAAAUGGAUAAGGCUCUACCGGAAGUAUUUCAUGCCACGUGCUAAAAACCCGCGCUAACUUGACAACAGGUGAACGUUUGCAUGUCGAGCUGCAGCUUUCACAACAAACUGAGCGGAUAAACCCAGUGAACCUCGGUCCGGUCCGGUGUCCGGUCCGGUCCGGUAGACCCAGCCGGGUGCCGGCUGUCCUCCGGCAUCAUGUCCCGCCUGCAGCUGCUCAGAGGACUCGUUAACGAGCGUCUGUCUGCGGCCGCCGAGGAGAUUUUCGAGGCGGUCAAGAAAACCAUCCUGGUCUACGAGGAGGAGAUCCUGCUCUCCAAACGGGAGAUCCGCCGGCAGCGCAGGGUGCUGCAGACUAUUUUAAAACCUGAAAUAAAGAUAAACAAACUGUCAGACCAACCACAGCUGGCUCUCUCCGUCUGGGACGAGGACUUCCCCUCUGACCAGCAGCAGCAGGAACACUGUGAUCAGGAGUGGAGCUCCGGUGUGGAUCAGGACGACCAGGAGCCUCCGCAGACUGAGAAGAGCCAGGAGGACCCCCCCAGCAGCCAGGAGGAAGAGGAGGAGGACACCAUCAGGUUCAUCUUCACGCCUCCGUACGUGAAGAACGAGCUCGACCAGCCUCAGUCCGAUUGUCUGAGCACUACAGGACAAGGAGAUCCUCUGCCGAGCACUUCAGCUGAGCUGGACCAGACGAAGGCGGAGGAUGAUGACGGAGCAUCCACCAGCUGUUCUGCACCCGAACACGACGACAGCGGCGAAGAGUGGAGGGGCAGCGUGGGAUCUCAGAGCGACGACGACGACAGCGACUGCCAGUGGAAGAAGAGGAAGGGGCCUCGUCUACCGAUGAACCAAAAGAACAAAAAAGCCAAAUCACGAAUCCGCUGUAAAGUCUGCGAGAAAGCCUUUCACGCCAACGUCUCUUUGGUGAAUCACAUGGAGAUUCACCCGAAGGACAUGUGCGGCGUGUGCGGGGAACGUUUCGAUACCGAGGAGAGCUUUCAAGUUCACCUGAAGACGCACGUGAAAGCCGAAAUCUGCGGCGUUUGCGGGAAAUGUUUCGGGGCCUCGAGCUCUUUGGAGACGCACAUGAGGGUCCACACGGGAGAGAAGCCGUUCAACUGCAGCGAAUGUGGAAAAUCCUUCAACUGUCGCCACAACAUGAUGCGACACAUCAGGAUACACACGGGGGAGAAGCCGUAUCCUUGCACCGUCUGCGGCAAAUGCUUCAACGACUACUCCACGAUGAAACGCCACCUUCACGUGCACCAGAAGAACCACGACCCGAAUAACACAUCUGCAAACGAAAAUGGCAACGACGUGGAGAAGAACAUGAAGACAUCAUCGUCAUCAUCAUCGCCAAAAAAGCAGCAGACUCGGACCAUAUGUGAAGUGUGCGGGAAAAUGUUUCACUCCAUGGUUUCUCUGGUGAACCACGCGAAAAGUCACGCCACGGACCUCUGCGGCGUGUGCGGGACGCAUUUUGACUCCGAGGAAAACUUAAAACUUCACCUGAAAACUCACAAGAACGGGAAGGUGUGCGAAGUGUGCGGGAAGUGUUUUGACAGUCACGGAAACCUGGAGAUGCACAUGAGGGUCCACACGGGCGAGAAGCCGUUUCUCUGCAGCGAGUGCGGCAAAUGCUUCAACUGCCGACACAACAUGAUGCGACACAUCAGGACCCACACGGGGGAGAAACCCUACCUUUGCAACACCUGCGGGCGCUGUUUCAGCGACCACUCCACGCUGAAACAGCACAGCAGCACGCACACUGGAGAGAAACCGCACCGCUGUGAGAUCUGCGGUAAAGGCUUCCACCGAAAGACAUACGUGAGGCUUCAUAUGAAGAGCCACGCCACUGAAAAGUGACUGCUCUGUGAAGAUGGUGGCGUGUAAAUAAAUGAGAAGAUUCUUCA